CAAGGCACGGGGAUAUGCAUGCCUGUGUGUAUUUCUUGCUGCCACCAGCUGGGGGUGGAGAAAGGGGCCGGGCCCCGGAGAUCACGUCCCCCCCUGCCCCCUCCUCCAAGAAGAAGGGGGCAGGUGCCUAAGAGGAGUUGCAUUUUCCACCAAGCCCAAGGAGGGCAUUGGGGCUGUGAUGGAGGAAUGGGGUGUCCUGCAGGAACGGCGGAAAGAGCUCUACAGGGACAUAAUGCAGGAGAAUUAUGGAGACGUCCUGUCAUUGGGGUUCCCCAUCGUUAAGCCCAACAUGAUCUCCUGGAUGGAGCAGAGGGAAGAACCACUAGACCCGAACCAGGACCUGGACCCAGGCUCGGAAGAAAGAACGAGCACCAGAGAUGCCCAUACAGCAGAUGAGGCAACCUCCAGUGAGAAUGAAGAAUGGGAAGAGGAAGAAGAGGAGGAGGAGGAAGUCCACAGUGCACCCGAAGGACCUGAUGCAGAGGAUACCUCAGUGGUUGCCCCUCCUGUCCUAGACUGGGAAGAGGCCUGUAAGGUCCUGCACGGGAGUGGGGGCUCUGUCGGUGGUGGUAUCCCCAGCGCCAAAGCACGAGGGGAAAAACCUUCCCGAGGGAGGCAUCCCAGGGGCCGUCACCUGGGCUACUGCCGAAUGGGAGCCAGUCCCCCCAGAUUCUUUGACUGUCCGGACUGCGGGAAGCGGUUCACGUUGAGCUCGCACCUCAUACGGCACCAGCGGGUCCACACGGGGGAGAGACCGUUCGGGUGCCAGUCAUGCACCAAGAGCUUCUCCCAGCGGUCGGACCUGGUGCGUCACGAGCGCACGCACACGGGGGUCAAGCUUUACCGCUGCACCGAAUGCGAGAAGUCCUUCUCGGAGAGCUCCCACCUCAUCCGCCACCAGAUCAUCCACUCGGGCGAGAAGCCCUUCAAGUGCAACGUGUGCGGCAAGCGGUAUGGAGACAGUUCUUACCUGACCGUGCACCAGCGGGCCCACACGGGGGCCCGCCCAUACCACUGCGCUCGCUGCGGCAAGAGUUUUGGCCGGUCCUCCACUCUCAUUCGCCACCAGCGUGUCCACGGCGACCCCGCCCCCGCCCCGGGAGAUAAGCCACGCCCACGGGGCAUCUGGACAGCAUUUGCCCGCCUACCGAGUGACAAAGAUGGGGUCUCGGAACAAAUUCUGUCCCCUCAGAGACCGCCAAUGCCCCCUAGCCCAUCCCUUACGUCCUCCAUACUGCCGCUGCCACCAACAUCUCACAUUGACCCACGUUCCAUGAGGAUUAUGGGGUGGCAGUGGGGGAUGCAAUAAAAGGCGGUUGGGGGAAGAAGCAAUAUUGUUUAUGGUAACCGCUUGCCGGGAAGGGAUUGGCCGGUCCAUGGGAUUUGGUUGCCAAGGAAGCAACUGGUUCUUAAGAAGAAGAACUAGUGAUGAGUGAUCGGUUACUAGGUAGGGGAGUGGUUACCAAGGCGAUCAAAGAACUCAUGUUUUUAUAAUUUAGAGUUUUAUCGAUCGCCAGACGGAAUGGGCAGGAGCCUUUGAUGCUUACAGGAUGAGCUGUGCGGUUAAGCUAACCUUAUCUAUCCGUAAUAACAUCAGCAAGAAGCCGAUGGGCUUUUUCUAGGGCUCGCUUCGAUGCCUUCCCAUCAGCUAAUCUGAUGGGACGAUUCCAAAACAUUCCAAGGCACAGGAGAACCUGUGUGUGCGGCU